UUUUUUUUUUUAGGGUGACAUUUGAUUAAAGUGAGCGGACUUUUUGGUUGAGAUGAUGGAGUAUAUGGAGGAUAAGUUUGCGUUGAAAAGCCAAGCGAUGAAGGCCAGCGAUUACUACAUGGACCAAGUCAUGGAGAGCCUGGACAGCGCGCAGUACUUCACCAAGUCUUCCCCGAAAUGUGUGCAGGCCUUCGGGCUUCAGAGCGGCGAACAUCGCUCCUCGCCCUGCGGAGACCAGAACGGCAAUUACGGUGUGCCAAAAACAGACGACGAUACUUUGCACUCGGACCUCGGGAGGUCGAUGGACAAUUGUUGCACUCUGCGGGCGUCUCCGGUGACAACCGGACAGGAGAAAACAGAUUUGGACGACAUGGGAGACAAGUGCGACAGCAACGUGUCCAGCAGCAAGAAGAGGAGACACCGGACGACCUUCACCAGCGCGCAGCUGGAGGAGCUGGAGAAAGUCUUUCAGAAAACUCACUAUCCAGAUGUUUAUGUGAGGGAACAGCUGGCCAUGAGGACAGAAUUAACAGAGGCCAGAGUGCAGGUGUGGUUUCAGAACAGAAGAGCAAAGUGGAGGAAAAGAGAGCGCUACGGGCAAAUCCAACAAGCCAAAACUCACUUUGCGGCGACCUACGAUUUAUCAGUGUUACCGAGGACCGACAGCUACACACAGAUUCCCAACAACCUGUGGCCUAGCCCGUCUCCCGGUGGCUCUAUGGUCUCCUCCUGCAUGCUGCCCCGAGGCUCCCCUCCCUGCGUCACUUCCUACUCGCACUCCCCUCGUUCGGCGGCCGGUGCCACCGACCACGGCUACGUGGGCUUCCCCAAUCAGCAGAACCAGUUUGGCCAUGUCUCCCUCAACAACUUCUUCAGUGCAGACUCCCUCCUCACGCCAGCCACCAAUGGUCACCAUGCCUUUGAGACCAAGCCGGAGUUCGAGAGGCGCUCGUCCAGCAUCGCCGUGCUGCGCAUGAAGGCCAAGGAGCACACGGCCAACAUCUCGUGGGCCAUGUGAUCAGAUCAUCUAUGUGCAUGUCUGGAAAAUCUGGAUAAUGUAUGGAAAUCUUUUUUU